AUGCCAAAAUGCGAAACACAUUUUGAAUUCAACUUGGUGCUGAUGGUGAUUGUUGUCGUUGCUGUUGUUGCUCCCGCUGAUGUUGUUGCUCUUGUUGCUGUUGUUGCUGUUGGACUUAUCAACACGCCGAUCACUUGCGACAGUUUCCGUUUUGCCUCAGAUACUCAGGGGGCAUAUACAGAGGACCUAAUUGCCCCGCACCCAGUUACAGUUACAGUUCCGUUCCAUUCCCACACGUAAAAACCCAUCAACCCAAACCCCCUGCUCAAGGUGAGCAAUGUAAAAACUUCCUGUGCACUCAUUUAG